CACGUGGUGUGUGGUGCAUAGUACACACGUGGAGAGGUGGAGAAGUGAUGGGGAAAGGCAAAAAGACGCCGUCUGGCGAGACUGUGGAGCACAGGAUUAGCUUCGAGGUGCAAGAAAAGCUCGAAGAAUUUUACACCGGCGGCCAAGUGCAGGUGUCUAAGGACGGGGAGCACUUGUUCACUAGCUGUGGCUCUGCAGUGAAGGCACUCCAUAUUGGCACUGGAGUAGUGGACCGCUGUUUUGAAGAGGAGGAAGAUACGGUCAUCUGCUUUGUGCUUAGUCCUGACUGCAAGUUCCUUGUGGUGUCAUGGAGGAGUCAACAGCUGAAGCUUUACCAGUGGAAGGUUGAGAGUGGAGAGGGAGAGGGGGAGAAGGGGGAGGAAGGGAAGGAGGAGGAAAAGACGGAGAAGAUGAAGAGAGGAAAGUGUGCGAGGAGCUGGAAACCACUGCAGGGAGCUGUUGUCGCCAUGGCAAUAGACCCCACCUCCACUCUCCUAGCUACAGGUUCGAGCAGUGGGAUAAAAGUGUGGGACUGUGUCAGACACUACUGUACCCACAACCUGCGGCCCUCUGGAGGGCUAGUGGGUCUGCUGACCUUUCACCCCGACCCCGCCCACCUCACUCUGUUCUCCUCCACCGCUGCUGACACCUCAAUAAAGGUGUGGGAUUUGAAGAGCAGCAGGUGUGUGUCGGUGAUGAGAGGCCACGUCAGUGCCGUUACUUCAGUUGCAUUUUCAAAAGACCAGCGCUUCAUGAUCAGUGGAGGGAGAGACAAGGUGUUACAUGUGUGGAGGCUCCCUCACUACUCCCUACACAAGACACUGCCUGUCUUUGAGGCAGUGGAGGGCUUGGUGAUAUUGCCAGAGAGUGGUGAGUCAAGGAGGAGUGGGAAGAAGGGGCCAGUGGAUUCUCUCACUGUAGCCACAGCUGGAGACAAAGGUGUGAUAAGAGUAUGGGACAUGGUCACUGGUACAAUGAGCCACUCUCUGGACCCCCUGCCACGCCCCCAAUCCACCAGUCACCAACUGGGCAUGACCAAAGAGAAAGACGGAGAGGGAGAGGGGGAGGAGGAAGUUCCUCAGGUGUACACAGACCUGCAGUUUAGUGGGUCCAGAGGGGAACUGGUGGGUGUGACAUAUGAUCACAGCAUCAUCUUCUACGACGUGGCCACCUUCACCAGGCAGAAACAGCUCCUGGGCUACUGUGAUGAAAUCCUGGACAUGAGAUUCCUGGGAGGCCCCGCCCCCCGACUGGCGGUGGCCACAAACAGCGAGCAGGUCAAAGUCCUCGCCCGCGGUGGCUCCCUCGACUGGCAGCUGCUUCACGGCCACAGCCGCGUCGUCCUCUCCAUCGACGCGUUCGUCCCCCCUCCCCCCCUCCGCCCCCUCCUCGUCUCCUCCUCCAAGGACCACACCGUCCGAGUCUGGGGGGAGGAGGAAGAGGGGUCGGACGGUCGGAGUUCAGAGUUCAUCUGCAAGGGGGUGGGGUCUGGACACACUGAAGCAGUGGGCGCUGUGGCAUUUGGAAGGAUGAGUGGGUCAUUCGUAGUGAGUGGAAGUCAGGACUGCACCAUCAAACUGUGGAGUCUGAAACCCCUCUCCAAAUGGAACAAGGGAGAGCAACCGGUGAAACUGCCCACCAAGUACACUCAACUGGCCCACGACAAGGAUAUCAAUGCAAUGGACGUGUCGCCAAAUGACAAGCUCAUGGUCACUGGAUCACAAGACAAAACAGCUAAGUUGUGGAACGUGAGUGAUGGAGGACUGGUGGGUGUCCUGAGAGGUCACAGAAGAGGCAUUUGGAGUGUCCAGUUCUCCCCCGUGGACCAGUGUGUCCUAACAGCAUCAGCUGACACAACUCUAAAGCUAUGGGCAGUCAAUGACUGCAGCUGCAUCAAGACUUUUGAGGGUCACACCAUGUCCGUUCUCAAGGCUGUCUUCAUCACCAGAGGCAUGCAGAUUGCUUCAAGGUCUCCAGUGUACACAAUACAUGACAUUAUAGUGCAUAGUUUGGAGGUUUAUAAGUCAAACAGAGAACACAGUGUGCCAAGUAGUAUAUAUACCUUCAGUAGAUGACAGGCAGCAUAGUUGGACAUUUAACCCUCUUGGGGCAUACUUGGGAAGGUGGGCAUUAAAAGUUUACGAGCAACUCAUAAUCGAUUGUGCUGUUUACGUGAUGGGUGCAGUGGUAGCGAUGGUCUUGUGAAGAUCUGGAACGUCAGGACAAAUGAAUGUGUGACAACACUCGACCAGCACACUGAGAAGGUGUGGUCCAUAGCCAGUAGUGAGGAUGGGAACUGGCUGGCGUCUGGUGGAGCCGAUUCUCUCAUCUGUCUCUGGAAGGAUGUGACAGAGAAGGUUGUGGCUGAAGAACAAGAGGCCAGAGACAGACAGAUACUCCAGGAGCAGGAGUUGUCCAACUAUCUGCAGCAGAGAGAUUUCGUCCAGGCAGUGGGUGUGGCCAUCAAUCUGGACCAGCCAUUCAGAGUCUACACCAUCCUAUCAGAGGUGCUGGAUGAUGGAGGAGAAGAUGGGGUUUUCAAAGACACACUUUCUGCUCUUAGACCUGACCAAAUAAACUCGGUGUUGAGGUACCUGACCAAGUGGAACAUGAAUGCCAAGUACAGCAAAGUAGCACAGACAGUUCUGUCUUACAUUCUGAGGACCCACACCCUGGAGCAGCUGAUGUCGUACGGUGAUCUCCAUUCCAUUCUGGAGGGCCUCAUUCCAUACACUGAGAGACAUUUCCAGAGACUCAGUCGACUCCUGCAAUUGUCCAUGUUUGUGGACUACACGUGGCAGUGUAUGAAGCUGCCCGACCAGCCGUCUGCUGUAUCUACCACCACCUCCACAGCCCUGGGUGCAGGCCUGUCAAAGGAGCCCGGAAAGACCAGCACUGAAGAGAGUUUCUUUGGUGGUGCAGUCAGUGAUGUCACAGUUGCUGCGGCUGACAGCACAACACUGGAUGAAGGAGAUCUGUUUGUUGAGGAUCGCGCCCCUGACACAGAACUCCAUUUGGAGCACACCACAGACAGCGCCGGAUGUGAAAAGAGUGAAAGUGAAGAGGUGACUGAUACUGAGGACAGCAGUGGCAUUGAGGACUCCAGUGUUUGCCACCAGGGAGGAGAGGAACAAAGUGACAUACAGAGUGGUUCAGAUACCAUUGUGGUGGGUGAAGGGAAGAGAGAGGUGGGGGAAUCGAAGAGAGGCCGGAUAAAGCAAAAGGUGAAGAGGCAGCAGUUUGCCAAGAGAGGGAAGGAAAAGGAGGUGGGAGAGGAGGAGGAGGAGGAAGUAGAGGAAGAGGGAUUGUCAAGAUGUAGAAUCAGUCGAAGGGGGAGACUGCUGCAGAGAAGGUCUCUACAGAGGAAGAUGAAGUUAUCAGGCAGUAGAAAACACAGAACAUUGAUCCAUACAUAACUUGCUUAUUUUAGGAGUAUGUUUUGUCGGUCAAGAAAGAAGAAAGUUGCAGAGAAAUUGGUACUAUACAUAGCAGUGUAGACGAGUCGCUGUAAAACUGGGGUUGUCUCAUUAAGAGUGUCCGAGAGCAUACCACCAGCUGCCAUGAAACACAGGUAAAAGUUCAGCGACGAUCUGAAUGGUGCAGACGCCAGACAGGCAGCUUUGAAACCAGCUGGCAGGG